CAUACUACAUGCGACGAGAGGGGAAACAGGAUGUCGUAUAAGGCAGUUUUCAUACUUGCCAUCAUUGUUGCCACAGGCUGUACUGAAAAUGUUUUUUAUAGGUAUCUUGGCUGUUACAAAAACAGUGACAGUGAUCCAGCCAUGGGUACACCAAUAACAGACGAUCUGAUGACAAACGAGUUCUGCGCAGACUACUGUUACGGAAUAGGUCAAAUAUUUGCGGCGAAUGAAGAAGGAGAUAGGUGUUUCUGUGGUAUAAAUUAUAUGAAGCAUGGUCCAAGAUCUGACGAUGAGUGUGACACAGGCUGUCCGGGGAACAGUAGUCAAACUUGUGGUGGAGUUCAUCGAAUGUCUGUCUACGAAAAAGUUGUCCCAUCUGCCUAUCCAAAUGCUGCAAUGGUGGGAGGUCCCCGAGGUGUUGAAACUAAAUUUCAAAUUGCGAAUUCGUGGAUUACAUCUGAUGUGAGCCCAGAAACGACAAAAUAUGCCAGAAUACUGGAAGCAGGGUCGUCAGGGUGGUCUCCAGGCAGUGGGCAAACUGGUAAUUGGUUGCAGAUAAACAUGCAUAGUGUUUAUUUGGCUGCGGGGGUGGUGACGCAGGGUGAUGCGACAAAAAAUAAAUGGGUGACGUCAUUCAUGGUAAUAUACAGUGUCGAUGGAGUCGUAUGGAACAGCGCGAUCUCUAUGAAUGAAACCACGAUCUUCAAUGGUCACAACCAACUGAACAAAGACACUCCCAUAAUUAAUCAAUUCUACAACAUGGUCAAAGCCAAGUACAUCCGGUUUGUUACAGUGACUUGUGAAUGGGCAUGUAAUUUGCGCGUCGAGGUACUGGUUAAUGAACCGUUGGGAAUGGAAACCAAGGACAUAAGUGAUGACAACAUAAUGGUUGACUCUGUUUACAAUGAUGACGUAAUAAUGUACGGUGCGCUGCAUGCCCGACUAAAAAACACUCUAGGAUCUGGGUGUUGGAUGCCGAAACACAAUGGCGAUAAACUGACUAUUGACCUUUUAGCAAUGACGCUAAUUCGUGCGAUAGCGGUUCAAGGUUGCAGUGAUAUAGCGGAUUCAUCUCCUGAUGCCUUUAUUAUUAUGUACGGUGAGACAGGCAUUCCUGAUACUGAAUAUACAGGCAACAACGGAAAUACCCAGAAUUUUACUGUAACUGCCAAUAACAAUGAGGAAGUAUCUGUGAUUCAUUUUGACGUCGCCCUGUUUGCAAGAAGCAUUGCAAUCUUACCAUUUAAGAUAAAUGGAAACGUUGGUAUUCGCUUGGAAUUGUACGGUUAUAGAACAGAUAAAACCUCUUGUGUUGAAUGGUUGAGGGCAGGCUAUAAAGGCGGUCUCACUUAUUGGGUGGACGUCGACAGAUUUGGUACUGAACCAGCGAGGAGAAAGAUAUGCCACGGAGAGGUGUAUCCGUUAGGCAUGAUGUCAGGCAAUAUACGCAGUGGACAGUUAUCUGAGAGUAGCUCUACAAGUGAGAAAUACACUGCAGAUGCUGCACGACUUAAUUAUGCCGACAGCAGCUAUGAUCCGCCGCCUGCAUGGAUGCCUCAAACAGAAAGUAGCUCAUUUAUAGGCAUAAAUCUAAUAUACCGAACCAUAUUACGAAUGAUCGCUACACAGGGACAGGGAACUGCGUGGGUGAAAAGCUUCUAUUUCAGUUACGGAGUUGAUCAAUCCCCGUUGAAUGAAUAUAAAGAACAUGGAUUUAGAAAGGAAUUCCAGGCAAAUACAGAUGAAUUUACUAUUGUUAGAAAUGAGUUGCUGUAUCCUUUGCGUAUGAUACGAUACAUCAAAAUAUAUCCACUAUGUUGGGAAAACACUGUUGCAUUACGAAUGGAAUUAUACGGACAGUACCUAGACCAUCCAUACUUGAAUGAAGACUACUUGGAAUUUGUUGAAGGUUCAUACAUUCAUACCUUGCAUAAACUUAGCUCACCGGUUCCUAAACGCAAAAUUAUUGAUGGAAAUCCUUACCCAGGUAACUGUACUGACACAAAAACACCAGAGGUGAAAAGUUAUAUCAGAGUAGAUAUGCCAGAAGUCAAAAACUUCAUGAGUGUUAGUAUUGUCAACAAUGAUGAUUUCCCGGAAGAAAGUGUUAAACUACAAGCCACUGUUGGGGUGGAAAAACAGUGGGCUGAAAAUACAAACUGUGGGGAUAUGAUUGAAUCCUUGGAUGCUGGUGAAAUAGGAUAUUUUAUGUGCUCGGAUAAUGGAAACGAAUACAUCAAUGGAAGCACAGUAGCUACUGCAAUAAAUGACCCUCGCGAGAAGCAUAGAUUAUGUUUGUGUGAGAUGUAUGCGUUUGGUAUGUAUUAUACAGUUCUCCUACAACUCUCGCGCCCUCUAUUGACUGAGCGUUUUAUAAUCAAUAAUGCAUAA